UUUUUUUUCAAUAUAAAUAAUACAUUCAACAAACAAAUAAUCAACCAUCCCACAAACAAUAGUACACUGCUCAGUUCAGACUCCCGGUUUGAUUGAGUUUAAAGCUACCAAUGCAAAAAUUUGGUGUCCUUUAUUUCAAGAUCCAAUAACAGAUAUUCUCUCUCUCUCAUACAGGAUACAUCAACCACCAACAACUUUUCUGUUUCUCUCUCUCUCCUCUCUGUUUCUCUCUCAUGGACUAAAUGAAAAGACACCCCAUGUACACGGGAAAUCCGUUACCUGAAAUUUGACUAUUUCUAUUUUGAGUUGUGGUGAAUAACUAAUCCUAGUUAUUUUGUGUUUCUUUAAUUAGUGUGUUUGCUCUGUUUUGUGUGAUUAGCAAACUAUGUGGCUGAAAGCUGUUCCAUCCAUUGUAGAGUGCUCCCACCAUGGUUUUCUUCUUCCUCCUUCACCACCACCACCAUUACCAUUACCACCACCUCUUUCAUCCAACCUUUUCCCCCGCACCAAAAUUAUUUCCACCACCACAAGAGGCCGUACUAUUCGACGAUCCUGCAGUUCGAAUAUCGACGGUGAUAUUUAUCACGGCGAUUCCCCGUUCAAGAACGUCGAACAAUUACCCAAAGGCGGCCCCGCCGGAUCACCCGAUAGUAGUACUAACGAGGAUCAUCAUCAUCAUCUUCAAGGCGGUACAAUUAGCAACAACAAGAGGCAUUGCUCUCUAUCCAAGAACAAUAUUAAUAGCCCUUUUACCGACGACAAACACAUGAAGGAUCGGGAUUCGUUCCUUCAUUCCCGAUUCGAUUUCUUGGAGCCUAUGAUGCUCGGUAUCAAACCGGAGUUUCCCGAUUGGUCCGAUCGGGAGAGCGUUGUGAUCGAACAAAAGGCAAAGAGUUUCGAUAUUCCGCUCUCCCUUAGAAUGAUAAAGAAGAAGUUACAAUUGGAGGAUGGGUUGUGCAGGGACACUUCCGAUUGCUCGGUGAAGGCGGCUUUCGCCUCCAUGGUUUUCAUCAUAGUCGAGCUACAAAGCCACGCCUUGCACAUGAGGGAAGCGUUGUGCGACGAGGAUUUAGACGUCAUCAGUUCUAAGGUGCAGAAAGAAAUGCACUCGUCUUUCGUUUGGCUAUUCCAACAAGUGUUCUCCAAAACACCGGCUUUCAUGCUCCAAGUAAUGAUCCUUUUGGCGGAUUUCAGCGUUCAUUCGGCGUCCAACAAUAUCCAUCCCUCGACACCCUCUUUCGACGAAGAGAAACAAAGUCAAUACCACCCUCCUCCGCGUAUUGAAGAACAAACACAAAUCGAAAAGACGAGCUCCUAUAUUGGAGGCGAUAAUCAUACUAAUGUGAAGGAUUUGAAUUUGUGGAGCUCGAUGGUGGAAGAUGCGUCGGAGAUGAUGAGAGAAGGAGAUAUCGAGGAGGAACUGGUGGUUCCGAAGCAUUUCGUUGCGCCGGUGUGGGUUGAGAUAGAACCGGAUGAUUACGAAGAAUUUACCAGGACCGACCUUCUGUAUCAAAUGAACUUGUCCCUCCAACCUGAUCAUCCGCUCUUACUAUGCAACUACGGUCAAUUUCUUCACCGCGUUGCCCACGACCACGACAGGGCGGAAGAAUGCUUCAAACGGGCUGUACAAUUGUCGCCAGGGGAUGCAGAGUGUCUGAGCCGGUACGCAGACUUUUUGUGGAUAGUGAGAGGCGAAGAUACGAUAGCAGAGGAAAUGUUUCUAGAAGCAAUGGCUAUCGAGCAGCAUAACUCCUACUAUUAUGCCAUGUAUGCUCGUUUCUUGUGGAGAACUGGCGGUGACGAAACAUGUUUUCUUCUCAACCCGAACACUUAGGCUAAGUCGUUGUGCCAUUCAAAGGUACUAGUUUAUUACACAAAUCCGAAUAAACAAAACUCGUGGCUAAAUUAGCAACACUUGGGAGAUUCUUCCAUUUGAGAAAAAUUCGGUAUACGCCCUCGAAGAAAUUAAACCGGGUAUCUUCGGAAUACGGCAAAAAUCAUGUAUGUAUUAUAGGGUAGCGACGAAUAAUGUUCGACACAAAAGGGGAGCCGAAGAUGGUGAAAUAAGGUAGGAUAACAAGUAUAAAAAAGAAAACCAGAAAUAGGUUAAAGAACAGCAACAGCAAAAUUUGCACCCUGAAUAUACCACAUCCUCAAACUGUACAAAGGGUAUAGGAUUUUGCCUGCAUUAUUAUUGUGUACCCAAAAGGUAACAAUAUUUGUAUAUUAAUAUUGCAUGUUUUAUGAGUUAUUAUGUAUGCAUCUCUUAUUUUACU